UGUCGUAAAGCGCCAAUGUUGUGGUCGGAAAUUGCACCAGUCGUCCUUUGAGUUGAGCUUUCAGUCGCCCUUCAGCAGAGAAACAGUGCUCAUCUCGGCUUAAACACAACACACCACACCAACGUUAAACCAUGGCAGCGGUUAUUGCACGGAAAGCUAUCGACCACAUGAAGAGCAAGGAGUUCAGGGAAUAUUUGAUGAGCACACAUUUCUGGGGUCCAAUCGCAAACUGGGGUCUUCCUAUAGCCGCCUUCACAGAUAUGAAGAAGAGCCCUGAGAUAAUCAGUGGCAGGAUGACCUUUGCUCUGUCCUGCUAUUCCCUGCUCUUCAUGAGGUUCGCCUACAAGGUGCAGCCACGUAACUGGCUGCUGUUCGCCUGCCAUUUGACCAACGAGUCUGCACAGCUUAUCCAGGGAAGUCGUCUCAUUAAAUACAACAUGGACAAGAAGAAGGGCGCCCAACUGCUUCAACAGCCAUAAUAACCUGAACAUUAAAACUACUGAAUAUAAACAUGUUAUCUCAAUGAAGCUGUGCCACUUUCGCCAUUUAAACCGGAUGUUACCAAGAUUGAUCAUCCUCACAAGUUUGAAUCACUUUUUACUACACAGACAGAAAAAAAGAAUUUGCUUUCCUUCAAGAAUUUGAGUAAACUGCUGUGAUUUAAUUACAUUUUUGCUUAAUUCAUCAUGACACAAAAUAUAAUAUGGGUGAAUGUACACUUAGCUAACCAGUCUGACAGUUAGCUGUCUUUCACACUGGCUGUUACACUCGUUUUAGGUAAUCAGCAAUAAUAUUUGUGUUGCUUUCUAACUGGCUUAUUAAUGGAACAAAUAAUGAUAUGUCAAUGGGAACUCAGCCUGAGGUCAGUUUGUGCAAAUGUGUCCACACCAUGGCACAUUAUACUUUGCUAAGCACUUUCAUUCAUCAACCUUUACUUAAAUGCCGAGGACACACAGAGAGCUAAGCUCUUUGUUUGUUUUACUCUGGAGUAAAAUGUUAAGCUGAACCAUGAAAACAGAAUGUGUAUGAGGAGCCGAUAUGGCUUUAUGACACUGUAAUAAAUAAGAAAAGCUGCUUCUGUCAGUGCUGACCAACACAUGUACUGUGUGUUGUUCUCAUGUCAUUCACAUGAAUUUAUUGUCAUUGUAUAAUAAACAUUAGUUUUCCCUAAUUAUUCAUUUGAAUCUCUGGCGUUGUCCAAAUAAACUGGCUUUAACCAAGUUGAACACAA